AUGGAGGCGCCACGCGUUGGUGGCGGUACGCGCUACUGCGGGGGUUGCGGGGCGCCGUGUCCCGCCCACAGCAAGUACUGCACGUCGUGCGGCACGCCUCUAUCGGCCUCCGGUGGUCCCACACUGGGUCCACCGACGCCCACCUCGUCGUCGCCGUCGCCGGGUGGGGGCUGGUGGGCGGAGGUGCGCCUGCGCAGCGCCGGCAAGUCGACUCCUGCUUCGACCGCCGGCGGCCCCGACGCCCGGAGCGCCACCACCACCACCAGCAGCACCAGCAGCGCCGCGAGUUGCAGCAACGGCGCCACGCACUCGCCGGCCUCGCGCCCGCCGGUAGGCCCCCGCGGGCGGCAGCUCAGCCCGGUGGCCUCCUCCUACGCCUCGUCCUCGUCCUCGUCGUCGGGCCGUGGCCACGUGGGACCACCCUCGUCGUCCUCCUCCCCGUCGGGGGCACUCCUGUGGCCGUACCUCGCACACCCUACGCGGCUCUUCUUCUUCUUCUUCUUUUUGGCACUUAUCAUCGCACACGCCGCACACACACCCACCAGACCAAACGGAGCCGGUCGGCAGCUGAAGCGUACGCAUUCGGCGGGCAACGUGCGGGAAGAGGCGACGGCAUCAUCGUCGACAUCGUUCGUUUCCUCCUCGUCGUCGUCGGUAUCCACGACGACCACCGCCGCCGCCGCCAAGCCCGCGAGCGGGGGCGGUGGGAAGGUGGCCUCGAGGUGGCCUCCGGUGGCCACCUACGCGACCAUGCGCCCCGCGCGGGCUGCCCCCACCGCGACCGUGUCGGCGCGUGCCCCGUCCGGAUGGACUCGCAACCGCAACCCCUCCCUCGUCUCUUCCGCGUCAUCGUCGUCGUCAUCAUCAUCGUCGCCUUCUUCCUCCUCCUCUUUCUCUUCGCCCUCUGCGUCGUACCACGCGCCACCACGACCUCCGCGAACUGCGCCACCGACGUCACCCUCCCCGCCGCCAGCAUCGGCAUCGGCAUCGGCAGCGACCGCACGAACAACCUCGCCCUCCACCGCCGCGCGUGCGGAGGAGCGGCAGGGGCAGGGUCCGGAGCAGGCCAAGCCGCAGGAGGCCGGGCAGGCGCUGUGGGCCAAGGUGCAGGUGGGGCUCCGUGCGGCCAUCGACGACGCGCGGCGGCGCGGCGGGUCGAGCGGAUCGGCCGAUCUGUUCACGCCCGCGCAGGCCCAGGAAAAGCACACGCUCGCCCUCCGCUCCCACAACGACUCCUUUUCCUUCCGCCAAUACGAGCGCGCUGAGCUGGGCUUCCAGGGCAAGAGCGGGAGCUUCCUGUUCGUGAGCGGCGACGAGCGGCUGGUGAUCAAGACCAUCAGCGUCACCGAGUCCAAGUACCUCCGCAAGAUCCUCCUCGCCUACUACGAGCACACCACCCACCCCACGGAGAAGUCGUUCCUCGUGCGCUUCGUGGGCAUGUACAGAAUCCAGGCCACCGAGCAGGCGACGAUAUUGGUGAUGACGAACGCAUUUGGUACCGCGGAGCGCAUCGACGAGCGAUACGACCUCAAGGGCUCCACUCUCGGACGUAAAACGCUGUUUUCGUGUAAAUUGGACACGCCGGUGGCGAGCCUGAUGCUCAAGGACCUCGAUCUGGUGGAUCGCUUCCGCAUCAAGCUCGGCCGGGAGCGCAAGAAACGCUUCCUGCACAUCCUCACCUACGACGCCGAGUUCCUGGAGAGGUUCGGUAUCAUCGACUACUCGCUGCUGCUCGGGGUGCACUUCGUGGACGUCUCGGAGGAGCACAAGCGACCCCGCGGACCGCUCGGCGCGGACGUGCUCCACGCCGAAGACGGCGGCAUCUGGUCCUCCAACGACCAACGCGAGGCCCUCCGCGCCAUCUACUACUGCGCGGUGAUCGACAUACUGCAGCCGUACAACAUGCGCAAGCAGCUGGAGCACAACCUCAAGUCGGUGGUGCACGACAAGCAGGCCAUCUCCGUGUGUCCGCCCACCCUCUACGUCUCUCGAUUUCUCCACUUCAUCGGCACCUACAUCGAGUGA